CAGGAGUCUCAAUCACCUGGGCCCACCACAGUUUAAUAGAAGGCAAUCGCAAAAACAUACAGCAAGCUCUAGCCAUUACCAUUCUCCUAGGUAUCUAUUUUACCCUACUUCAAGCAUCGGAGUAUUACGAAACAUCUUUUACUAUUUCAGAUGGAGUCUACGGAUCAACAUUCUUCAUAGCCACAGGAUUUCACGGUCUUCACGUCAUCAUUGGGUCCACUUUUCUUACGGUCUGCCUUCUACGACAAUUUAACUUUCACUUUACAUCGAACCACCACUUUGGUUUUGAAGCAGCCGCAUGAUACUGACACUUUGUAGAUGUAGUCUGACUAUUCCUAUAUGUAUCAAUCUAUUGAUGAGGGU